CCUUGAAGACUCACCACCAAAAUAUGACACCGUCCUCAACGUGAGCUGCACUCAUGGAAUCAUCCAUGUACACACCUACAUACGUACUUCAUACAGAGCUUCUAAUAAGGAGAGAAAUGGCAUGUCUCGUCACUGGCCCCAUAUCGCUGCCUGUGGAGGCUGGCAUCAGGGCCAGCUGAUGCCACAGCAGAUCUGAGGCAGCUGCAGUUGUAGAAGCGCAGACAUGCAACUCAGCACUGCACCUACAGUGGGUCGCAGGAGGAGAGGAAAUCCGGACAGCCAAGGUCUACUAGGUGUGCUGAGUGUGUGUGCUACGUUACUGCAGUUAUGCGCUGGCUGUCCUUCAGAGUGUGUGUGUAACUCACUGGAAGCUAACUGCAGUGGGCGGAGUCUAGUAUCUGUGCCCGCACUCACUUCUCUCCCGGAGGGCACACAUACCCUCCUUCUGGCCAAUAACCGCCUCUCCUCCCUUCUGAUCUCUGCCUUCGCCAACCUAAGCACCCUGGAGACACUCGACCUGUCCAAUAACUAUCUGGACAACCUGCCUUCCAGACUGUUCCGUGAGCUGAGUAACCUGAGCGAUUUGAGUUUGCGUAACAACAGCCUGACGGUUUUGGAUCGCGAGUUAUUUCGCGGUCUGACCCAUCUGCGGAGACUGGAUCUGUCUCUGAACGGCUUGGCCGCUGUGCCUCUGGGCCUGCUGGAUGAGCUGCAAGGGCUGACCUGGCUCUCCUUGGCUGGGAACAGACUUCACGCCCUGGAGAGAGCCACAUUUGAGCCUCUCACCAACCUUCAGCACCUGGAGCUGGGCAUGAACCCCUGGGAGUGUGACUGCAACCUGAGAGACUUCAAACACUGGAUGGAGUGGCUGAUAUAUCGAGGCGGUAAUGUCGAUGCCGUUGAGUGUACACUUCCAAAGGACUUAAGGGGUCGUGACAUCAGGGGUGUUCCUGUGGAGAUGUUCAACUACUGUCUGCAAUUGGAGGAUGAGAAUGGGGGCGGGGCUGGGAGCACAAAGGGUGGAUCUCCACCAUGUUUUCGAGGGACAGCCACUCCGUCGUCUGAAGGUGCAGUGGUACGUACGGAGGCGGAGCUACCAGACUGUGUAAAGCAGCGUUAUCGACCAGUCAGUGUUCGCAGGGCGAUCGGUACAGUAGUGAUCGCUGGUGUGGUCUGUGGAAUCGUGUGUAUUAUGAUGGUAGCUGCAGCAGCGUAUGGCUGCAUUUAUGCGUCUCUAAUGGCAAAAUACCAGCGAGAGCUAAAGAAGAGGCAGCCAUUGAUGGGUGAUGCAGAGGCAGAAGCCGACGCGGAGGAGAAACAGAUCUCAUCAGUUGCAUAGGGGAAUGGGGGAGAGGGGUCAGAGGUCAGCCACAAAUAUAAAGAACACUUUACUGGUUGAGCUGCACAUUUGAUGAUCAUUUAGCUGACCAGCGGAAGAUUCAUCAACCCUGUUUUCUGUCACUCUGUCCUUCCUGAGACCCUCUCUGACUCGCAGACUUACACUUUACUCAAACUCUAAACUUUGGCCUGUGACCUUUGACCUAUUUGCCCCAGGACAAGAGGGACCACUCAGCACUUUAGAACUCCCCCACCCUCCUCCAAUGUUGAGAGGAUCUCAGCAGAGGAUGUGUGGAUGCAGCUGUUCAGUUCUGAACCCUGAUGUUUCUAGAGGAUCAUGUGCUGUCAUUAGCAUUAGCCUCUGUAGCAGCCUAACCAUCAACCCAAACCUCCAAAUCAUAACUCUAAUCCCAACCCCAAUCCUAGACCUUUAACUCUAAUUCCAACCUCUCAAACCUAAUCCAAGCCCCCAACUCUAACCCUAACCCUUUAUACAAACCCCAACCAUAACCAUCACCUCUACCACGGGCUACACCGGGUCACACAUCACAUCAAAAGCCAGUAACACUCAUUAUAAUCGAUACUGUCUACAAUGGAUACAUUCUGAUGCAUUGCACCGUAAAUUGAUGCCCCAAUUUCUGACAUAUUACAUGGGCUUUUUCUACUUCUCCAAAAGGACAAAUUGAUUUGGAAUGUUGACUUUUAAGUGUUGACUCAUGCAAACAGCCUCAAUCUUGUCAACCGAUGUGCUUGGUGUAGACAUGGUGUAAUCCUAAACUUCCAACUAUACUACCAAGCCUAACCUAAAACUUCCAGUUCUACUCCCAAACCUUAAUCCUAAACAUACAACCCAAAUCCCUACCCUUACCAAAAAAAGUCCCCAACCCCAAACCUCCAAUUUUUGAAAUAUUCCCACCUUAUUUAUCAGCUAUAAUAUAUUCUAUACAAUGUGAUGUGACCCCAGUUUUAUGUUUUAAGUGUGAGGUUUGUCCUUUGUAUUGUGUGAAAAUAAUUUGUGUUGAUAACAUUGCUUUGUUUGUUUACUAUUUGCUGUUUCUCCAUGUUCAUCUCUAGAGGUCAGAUGUGUUUUUGUAAGACUAGAAGAAUCCAGCCCUGGUGUCUGUCGUGAAGUGUCUUGAAGUAUCGUGAAGUGCUAAUGUAGAGCAGGCUGAAGACUCUGUUGAUGUUAGUGGAGGGUGGCAGAUCGUGGCUAUUGGAACUGUUAAUUACACCUUGGUGGCUAAAGAAGCACAGUGGCCCUGUAUGAUAGCUGCCCUCAAAACAAAAACAGAAAGACAAUAGCUCAGAAGGAAAUAAGAAGGAUAGUAUUUUCUGUGCAAUAUAAAUCAAUGUCUUUCUUGAUCUGUUGUUUAAUUCUGGACUAGUAUGUCAUAGCUGAUUUAGUCUGAUCUUUUCUCUUGGGCUGGCGAUGGAGGAGAAUCGAUUGCGCCUGUGUGAUCAAUCUUCUGCUUGUGGACCAAUUUGCAUAAUCCGCUUUUCCUUGAGGGCAGAAAUUGUUUGGACUAAAUAAUUCAGACAUAUUUGACUUGAGCUUUCAGAAGCCAACAGAUAUUAUCAAUAUAAGCUUUUAUGCGGCAAAUCAACCGCAGCGACUGGAUGAAAAAGAGAAAGAAAGACCGUCAGAAACUAGCAGCACACUGUAACCAACAUAUUCAUUUCCUCAGUAUUACUGAAAAUUUUGAAUCCGAAAAUAAUGUUGCUAAUAAUGUCAAGAGUAACAUCAUCAUUGGGUGUCUUGCACAAUGCUGCCAUCUAUAGGAAGGAUGUGCAGUAGGCACAAGGGUAUGGAGCAAAUAUCACACCACCUCAUCAGGAUUUAGGAGAUGCUCUUCCGUUGUAACUAUAGCAACAGUCUUUCCCACACACUAUUCAUUACCAAUGCAAAUUACUGGUAAGGUUGCUGGCAAAAAGUUGUAAAUCAAAAGUACAACUAAUUUAUGUGCGAAUACCCACAUAAAUUAGCAGUUAAGCAUCUAGGACAUUGUCUCUGUGUUCAGUGAUAUUUGCAGCCAUAUGCUGAGUAUAUAUAAGUACAGAUAUACAUUUAUUCAAAUGUAUGUUGAAUAUAUGUAUAUAUUUUAAUCUGUGUCUUACAAAUUAUUUAUAAACAAUAACUUGAUUGCAAAAAUUGAGUAUACGUUUCCCUGCGUUUCCUGUGCAAACUCCUUUUGUAGAGGAACUCUUAAAAAUUCUCUGUCAGAGAAUUCAGAGAAAACUCAUGGAUUAUUAAUGAGAGGAGUUUCGACUAAUGGCUGCGGUCUCUUGUGCCAUUACUGUUCAUUUAGCUCUUAUUUUAUACAGCAUGUGUCAAAGGCCUAUACUCUGCACGGGGCGACAAAACACGUACCCUGUAUGCUCUGUUAUGAAAAAAAGAAAAGACAAAAGCACUUUUGCCACUGGUGGACUAAUACUUUCCUGUCAAAUUGAACUUAUUGCAAAUAUUCUCAAAAGGGAGCACAUGCUUGUUUAUUGACAAUGUCAGCAAUGCGCUUUAUCUGAAUAUUAGCCGACAGAGCAGUCGUGAUGUAAUGUCGGUGAAUAUGAAGGGCGGUUUAUGACUCAGCUGGGGUGUGUUUACUCUCUGUCCUGGCUUUACAUUUAAGAGCAGGGACACCACACACUUCACUACGCACCCUCGCUAAAUUAAGGCUUUGUAAAUCCCAAUUGAUGGAUGAGAGGAAAGGAUUUGCCCAUUUGACUGAGCUGAGAGCAUCUUCAAGAUCUUUAUGAAGUUCUGGUUUCAUUUCUUAUAGCUUAUUGAUGUGACCCUUUCUUCACUUGACCUUUUUUCUAAGACUGAUAUGAGAUCCUUCUUUAUAUUUUCGCUUGAUAAAAAUCCGUUUGAAAUAUGAUU